CGCUCCUCGACUCUCCCGUCCACCUCAGCUCUCCCUCGAAACCCCCUCCCCCCCCAGCAUCGCGACAACCAUCGCUGGCCACCCACAUCUCAUACGGCUCGCUGGGCAGGGCACACGUUGCCUCAGUACGUCCUCUGCGUGUCGCCCCGCGCGACAACAUCGCAGGUUCACGGCCAACCAGCCGGCCGCGCCGCCCUGCGACUGCUGUCGGACUAUUCACCCUUUUGGCUCGUCAUUGUUCAUCCACCAGCGCCAUUGAAAUUUUGUUCUAUUCAUCUCGCUCGAGGCAUACCCGCAUUCACAAACACACCCCGGCCUGCAGCAUACAGUUCCAGACCUCCCACGCAUGGUGUGAACCACAUAUCCCUCAACGUCAAUUCCGCAUCGCCCGUGACUCCGAUUCGUCCACCCAGCAUAACCACCACCCAGCAGCCGCAGUGGAAGCCGACAACAUCACGUACCUGAUACACUGAGAGAUUUUGUCACUUCUAGCGUUGGAACGCGAUGGGCAGCAAGCGGAAGAGGGUGCUGGAGGACUUCGAUCCAAACAAGUCCGACUCGGAGGACGAAAAUUUCGACCCAAGCGAGCAGCGGCCUCAGCGCAGCUCCAAAAAAGCUCGGCCGUCUCGCGGAUCUCGUCUUGGCCGCAAGCGGAGCCACCGCUACCGGGGUUCCGAUAUUGACGAGGACGACGACGAAGAGCUUUCCGACAGCCAAGAAGAAGGCUCCUUUGUCGACGACGACGAGGAGGACGAGAAAGACGCCCCCGUCAACGCCGCCGGUCGCCGCACCCGGAAGGCCGCUAGAACCUUUCACAAUUAUAAGGAGAGCAGCGACGGCGAGGACGAGGACGCCGAGGUUAUCAAGGACGACGAAGACGAGGCCCCGGAAGACGAGCUUGCGGCAGAAGAAGAGGCUGAGGAACCCGAGGAGCCCCAACCCAAGGAGGAGCUUCACGAAGCCACCUCGCGAAGGCUCGUCAAGCUUCGAGUCCCAAAGACCGCGACCAUGCCUACCACGCGCCGGUCAACGCGCGCGAGCACUGCUGACACAGAUGAGUUCGUCGAGCUUUCCAACUCGGGCCGCCAUGCCGUCGCCUCCCGCGAUUCGCGUAGUAGAAGCCCCGAGGCCUACACUCGCACUCGCAGAUCGUCACGCGCCAUGAAAGGCCUUAAGUCCGCCCCUGAGCCGAUAGAGCCGAUUCAGGAAGCGACGCAGGAGAGCAGCGCUCCUCAAGUGGAUGACGCGGACCAACCCGACGAACUUUCCCAGGAUGCCGAGAUACACGAAGGCAAGGCGGCCGAUACGGAGAUGCAGGAUAUCGGUGCUGGGGACAAGGAUCAGGAAGAACCAAAGGAGGAAGUGGAAGCGACGGAGACAGGAGCUGGCGAUGACGACGAUGACGACGAUGUCCCUGUUACCCGUAGGACCCGCGCGUCUCGUGCUGCAGCCUCUGUCCCCGAAGAAGGACAAUCCGACGCGGACCCCAACACGACGUCGCGCCGACUGACUCGCGGCUCGCGGACCAAGAAGUCGACUCAGGAACCUAGCAGUGACUUUGAGCCUGGCGAGGAGUCCGAGGAUGCGGAGAUGUCGGGUAGCGACAAAGCGAAGAACCAAGAAGAUGACAGUCCCACGCCUCGAGGUCGCUCCAACCGUCGAGCGGGUCGCGUGUCGCGCCGUGGCGACGACUCUGCAGACGAAGAGCCCGACUUUGAUCUCGACGAACUCAAUGAGGAAGCACGAGAGCUACGCCAGUCCUCUCGUCCUAGGCGCCGUCGGCGCGAGUCCCCCAUUGCGUAUCAAGAGCACUCAAGGCGGUCUCGAGCCAAGGUGAACUACUACAUGCCGCCGCUCACAGCUGUCAACAUUGAGGAGGAGGAGAUACAGGAUCCGGCGCCGACUCCAUCUCGCUCUCGCCGCGCUAGAGGAGGCGGCGGUGGCGGCUGGGAUCGGAACCUGAACACGACCUACGGCCCCUUUGGAGGCGGCGGCGGCGGCGGCUCCCUUUUGGGCGGACCAUGGGGCACAGGCGCUGCUGGAGGCGCCGACUCCGACAGCAGCGACGAUGAGAUGGUCCAUCGAUCGAGCGUGGCUGGCAACGUUGGAAUGACGCCCACCUCUGCCGCCCCUGGCGGACUAUUGCCUGGCGGUCAGGGACUCGCUGCCGAAGCCGUUGGCGCCACCCCUAAUGUCGGUAAAAUCAAGGAUCGCAAGGCUCUGGCAGAUGCCGACCCUCUCGGCGUGGACUUGAACGUCGACUUCAGCAAGGUCGGUGGCCUUCAGGGUCACAUCGACCAGCUCAAGGAGAUGGUUCAACUGCCACUCCUGUACCCCGAGCUCUUUGCCAAGUUCCACGUCACGCCCCCUCGCGGUGUCUUGUUCCACGGCCCUCCUGGAACUGGUAAAACGCUUCUCGCCCGUGCGCUUGCCAAUUCGGUGGGCUCCGGAGGGCGAAAGAUCUCGUUCUACAUGCGCAAGGGAGCAGAUGCGCUGAGCAAGUGGGUGGGUGAGGCCGAGAAGCAAUUACGGCUUCUCUUUGAAGAGGCCCGAAAGACGCAGCCCAGCAUCAUCUUCUUUGAUGAGAUCGACGGCCUGGCACCAGUUCGAUCUAGCAAGCAAGAGCAAAUCCACGCCUCGAUCGUCUCCACCCUGCUUGCGCUGAUGGACGGCAUGGAUGGUCGCGGCCAGGUCAUCGUGAUUGGCGCUACAAACCGACCAGAUAACAUCGACCCUGCCCUUCGCCGGCCGGGGCGCUUUGACCGAGAGUUUUACUUUCCGCUGCCCGACAUUGAAGGCCGUCGAGCAAUCCUCGAUAUCCACACGCAGGAUUGGGGCCUAUCUGACCAGUUCAAGGCCUCUCUUGCGGAGAAGACCAAGGGGUACGGGGGUGCCGACUUGAGGGCGCUAUGCACGGAGGCGGCUCUCAACUCCAUCCAGCGCACGUACCCGCAAAUUUACUCGUCCCGCGAGAAGCUCAUCGUUGACCCGGACAAGAUCACCGUCCACGCGUCCGACUUCAUGAUGUCCAUUAAGAAGCUAAUUCCCUCGUCGGAGCGGUCUGCCACGUCUGGCGCCCAGCCGCUGCCAAGAUCCGUCGAGCCCUUGCUUCGUGCCCAGUUCGCCGAGGCCAAGCGCGUCUUGGACCACUUGCUUCCCCGCAAGAAGAAGCUGACUGCCUUGGAAGAGGCGAUGUACGAACAGUAUCAGGACGACGACCAUGGAUUCGGCCGCGAGGUCAUGCAGCAAGAGUUUGAGCGGUCGCGAGUUUUCCGACCCAGGUUCCUCAUCUAUGGAGUCCACGGCAUGGGCCAGAGUUACGUUUCGUCGGCCAUUCUUCACUACUUCGAAGGCCUUCACGUACAGAACUUUGAUCUGCCGAGUUUGUUGGCAGAUGGAAGGCCAAUGGAGCAGGUGAUUGUUGGUCUCUUCACCGAGGUUCGCCGGCACAAGCCGAGCGUCAUUUACAUCCCCAACAUUGACGCCUGGUAUGCGACCUUGAAUGGUACCGUGGCGUACAUCACCUUCCAAACAAUGCUCAAGUCGAUCCAACCCACGGAUCCAGUCUUAUUGUUGGCGACCGCGGAGUGCGAGAAAGGGGGGCUAUCGGCCGAGCUUGUACGUGACUUUUUCGGAUACGCUCGCAAGAACAAAAUGGAGAUUGGCCGUCCAGAGAGGUCUUAUCGAAUGGAAUACUUUUCCACGACCCUUGAGUACGUCAAGAAGAAGCCAGCAGAGUUCCCAGAUCCGGAGAAUCGCAAGAAGAGGGUCUUGGAGGAACUGCCAAUCGCUCCCACCAUUCAAAGCAGGCCGCCUACCAAGGCAGACAUGAAGGCCGCGCAGAAGAGGGACCACCAGCUGCUGAACGGCCUCAAGAUCCAGCUGCAGCCGAUCAUGGAUCAGAUCAACCGGCGGUACAAGAAGUUCCGACAGCCGGUCAUCCCCCAAGCGCAGAUUGAGUACCUCUUCGCCGAGUCGGACCCCAAUUUUGUGCGGCCAGACAUCGCGGGCAGCGAAGUCCGACCUUUCGAGAUCGUCAAGGAUAAGCAUGGCAACGACGUGCUGCGCGACACGGCCACAGGCAAAUGCUACUACAACUUGGAGACGACAACCAUCGAGGAGCGCCUGUCCAACGGCUUUUACGCGCGACCCAAGGACUUUUUGUUCGACAUCAAGGCCCUUGCCAAGGACGCCAGAAACAUCGGGGAUAAGGAGCGCACGCUCAAGGCAAACGAACUUCUCAGCAAUGUGGAGGUGGACGUGGCCAGCAUCGAGACCAGCACAGCGCAUAUCGACUGGGAAGGGCUGUAUCAACGCCAGCUGCAGCGCGCGAAGCUCGCAGCAGAGCGAGAACGCAAGCGGGCAAUGAUGCAGACGAUCACUGACAGGUUCCAGUCGGAACAGGCGGCUGGCAACGACAGCGACUCGCAGGGCCCAGUGACGCUUGGCGAAGCAGUCCCCGGGGCGCGGACCAUGGCCCGAUUCCAGCUACGUAGCCCGCUAUCGAACGGCCACGGCUUGUCCGUCGAGCAGGCCCAGGAGUCGCAUGCGCUGAGCAAUGGUACAUCCAACCAGACGGACGGCCCGGCCGGGCCCAAGGACGUGGACGUGCAGAUGAGUGGCGUGGAGGACACUCAGGAUGCAACGCAGACACCGGCCAUGGGCCCGCCGGCGAGGUCGGCGGACCAGUCUGUUGCGGCUCACACGGGAAUGACUCAGAUCUCGCAAAAGUCGGCCGUCACCUCGCUGCCCCCCGGCGUUUCCCCAUCCGCCGUCAUCAAUGAGGCAUCAACGACUAAGACAUCAGAUCCGUCGACGCACCGGUCGUCCAACUGGAGCACCCAGCUCACGAACGGGACUCAUGGCGACCGACGCAAUAGCGGCCAUGACAACGAGGUCGACAUCCCCGACACGCUGCCGUUGCCGGUCCAGAGCCAGGCUACAUCAAGUGACGAGGUGUGGCCACACUCGCAGGCUCAGGGCAUGGCGCGGGGCGACGUUGCUCCCAGCGUCACGGGAUCAUCUCAGUCGCAAGCUCGUCCAGCAGACUCAGGGUUCCGCAUCGCAGGCACCCAUCCUCCUCCAUCGCAGGACACACAUGGCGAGGACUCCCACCUCGGGAACUCGGGCUCGUCGGCGUCCCAGCCGCUCGCUGUCGAUGGGGCCGUCGAGAGCUUCCUGGUCGAGGUAACAGACGGCACGUCUGGCUGCACCAUCGAGCAGCUUGAACAGAUCAACCGGGAGCUCAUGGACGAGAUCUGGGGCAGCCGGCACGAGUGGAACCGCAUGAAGGUGUUGGGGCGUGUGACGAGAGUGUUCAACGAUACGAUUGGCGAGAUGGAGAUUACGCAGGGCAUGGACCCCCUGAGCCAGGAGUGAGGGGGCCUCGAGUCGACGUGGAGCCCGGCCCGAAAUUGUGACACAGUGCACAGGGGAGAGUCACGACGACGUGGCGAGACUUAGAUAGGGCACGCGGAGCGGGUGUUUGGGGCGGUUUCUGUACGUACACUGCAUUUGAAACCGGCGCGUGCGGUUGCGGGCUAGGGCUGGAGUUGAGGGUAGGACGAACGGAUGGUUGUACGGGAUGGGGACGAAGGCACCAGGAUGUAAGAGCGGACGUAUCACGCGAAGCCAGAGCCAGAGUCGGUACAUAUAUUUCAUUAGGUUGCUUUUGCAUACGCAUUAUACAAGGCGAACCAACAG